AUGAACAAGAAUCGUUUACAAUCGUAUCUAGAUGAUGGGAGUGACACUAUAGCUAAACCCAAGAUCAUGCAGGUUGAAGAUGCAAAGAUUGCGAAGGGAACAGAAACUUUGAGUUACGACAUGAAGAAUAGCCCUUUUAGUCCAUCAAUGAAUCGAGCUACGACUGAAGGAGCAGUAACUUUAAAGCAGAUUCGAGCACUUCAGGGAGGUAAUUGCGGAUUUUCUUCCGUUGACAAAACACCAUCUCCAGUUCAUACGAAAGCAGAAGAACCAGGACUUGGGUUAACACCCAUGAACAGCCAAGAUUAUAGCAAUAAAAUUGCAAGUCGGUACAAAUCUUAA